AUGGCAUCAGAAGUGGCCCUUAAAAAUGUAGACAACGCUUGCGAAACAGCUGAAGAAUUCACAAGAGUGUUUUAUAAACAAGUGGAUAACAGCAGACAUUUAACCUCCAAAUUAUAUCUCGAUACUGGACUUUUGGUUUGGAACGGAAAUGGGAUCAAUGGAAAUGAUAAAAUCCAGAAAUUUCUUAUGGACUUGCCUGCUAGCAAUCAUGUAUUGAAGACGCUAGAUGCUCAGCCUAUUUCAGAAAAUGUUGUGUCAAACAAACUCACAUAUCUCAUCCAGGCAUGUGGAGACGUUACUUACCAGAACGACGAUGGAAAGAAACCUUUUCAACAGACCUUUCUCAUUGUAGCAGUUGAUGGGAAAUGGAAAAUAGCAUCGGAUUGUUUCAGAUUACAAGUACCAUAUAAUCAAAGUUAA